UACUUUUCUUUUGUAAGUAAAACGCAUCCCUCCCAUUUAUUUCCUUCCUUUUCCAUUCAAAAACAUAUAAAAUGCCUAGUGAAAGUGACUUCCUGGCGGUUUUGGAAAAAGAACAUUCAAAUACCUCGGCGGUAAUAUCAUUUCAAUCCGAUGAUUUAAUUGAGAAAUUAAAACUUCUUAAUUAUGAAAAACAUUUACUCAAAGAAAUGAAAAUGAAACCGCUAACGAAAUUUUACUUCGUCAAAUCGUUUAAUCCGGGAGAACAGUUUUUUAUGUUCACUUCCGUUUGUGCGUGGCUUUUAAGGAAAAUGGGUAAAAAUCUCGACCAACCGCAGGAGCACGAAGAUCCAAAUGAGAUAAUUAAUAAGAUUUUGAAAAUUUUACAAGAAAUUGACAUUGUUGUUGACGUGCCAACCAAUAAGUUGUUGCAAGGAGCAGGACCCAUUUGUUUGUACAUACUCGAUUCCUUAGCAACGCAAGCCGUUAAAGUGUCUCAGAUUCUUUAUAAACAUCAUCACAUAAAUCAAGAAAUCGAAUUGGCCCCAGAAUUCCUCGAUGACAAUGCCGAGAUCAUACUCGAGAAACUAGAAGACGAGCAAAAUUCAGCAUUCAGUGAUGACAGUGAUAAUGGAGGAAGUUCCUUGAAAGACCUCAAUUGGUUUAGUUCUCAGAAUCAACCAAAAAGGACAAACAACGAUUUAAAUUACAAUGGAGACAAUAAUUUUACGGAACAUGAAAUGUGGCGAUUGGAGCUUGAGCGAGUUCUUCCCCAACUGAAAAUCGUGGUUAAAGCAGAUUCUCGAGAUUGGCGGUCACAUCUCAAUCAAAUAGAAAGUCUUAAACAAAAUAUUGAUGAAAUUUCUGAUGACACCCAAACACAGUUGAAGAAACUCCACAACGAUUUUACAUUUAAUUUGGAUAAAAUCGAAAGUAGAGAGAAACAUUUGAACAACGAACUAAGUGCUCUUAUCAAUCAAUUCAAAGACGUGUCCAUCGAACUAUCUGGAGUCCAAUUCGCCAGCAAGCAAAUAAGUCAAAAUUCUGAAAAAAUAACAACCGAUCUGAUGUCAGUUGUUCAGGAGAAUGAGAAUAAAAAGUCAAAAAUGGAACAACGGGGACAACUUAUGUCCGAUGGAAGUUCCGUUGUUCAUAUAAAAAAGGCUAUACAAAAACUGAAGGAAGACAUUUCCCAUUUGAACCUCGAAAUCGGCCUUCUCCUGCAUGCUUAUGACCACGAUAUCAUUCGUCAAUCAUCGAUAUUUAGUGCCUCAUAAAAAUGACGAACUUCGAAUGAAUUCCUAUCUUAAGAAUGAAAUAAAACACAAAGAAAACUCAA